AUGAUACAUGUUAAGAGAGGCCUACAAAAUAGUUUUUGGAUUGUUGGAAUAUUUAUUAGUUUCAUUAACUUAUUAAUUUAUGAGAUCAAAGCAGAUUGUCUAUUAGAAAUAUGCACCACAUCUGAUGGUUCUAUUGCAGUCGCAUUCUCUGAAGAUAGAGGACCUGAUCAGAGUUUUAUUACUACUCAAUGUCCUAAUGUAACUGAUGCUAAUAUUACCAAAUGCAAUGUAGAUUGCGAUAGACCAUACCUUUCAGGUCCAUCCUGGAAAGAGUGUACUCUUUAUUCUUCUGGCACUACUUAUAUAAAUUAUCGCAUAUACUAUCCGGAUAAUCCGGAUUGA